CACCCCCGCUGGCCGGUGAAGGUGAGAGUCUCCUCUGAGCCGCGGCCUCUGACGAGCGGCGCCGCAGCCGCGGGGAGCCAUGGCCGCCGCCUCCGUCUUCGCCUCCGUCCCGCGGGCCCCGCCCGUCGCCGUCUUCCAGCUCACGGCCGACUUCCGGGAGGACGGGACCCGGAAAGUCAACCUGGGCCGGGGGGCCUAUCGUACAGAUGAGGGGCAGCCUUGGGUCCUGCCAGUAGUGAAGAAAGUUGAACAGAAGAUUGUCAGUGAUGCCAGCUUGAACCAUGAAUACCUGCCAAUCCUCGGCCUGCCUGAGUUCCGGGCCAAUGCUUCAAGGAUCGCGCUUGGGGAGGACAGUCGUGCUGUCAAGGAGAAUCGUGUAGGAGGCGUUCAGUGCUUGGGUGGGACUGGUGCUCUUUGCGUUGGAGCAGAGUUUCUGCGGCGCUGGUACAAUGGAACCAACAACACAGCAACUCCUGUCUACGUCUCGUCUCCUUCCUGGGAGAACCAUAACUCUGUGUUUGUGAACGCUGGCUUUAAGGACAUCCGGACCUAUCGCUACUGGGAUGCUGCUAAGAGGGGGCUGGACCUGGAGGGGCUCCUGGAGGACAUGGAGAGUGCACCGGAGUUCUCCAUCUUUGUUCUGCAUGCCUGUGCGCACAACCCAACUGGCACAGACCCCACCCUGGAGCAGUGGAAACAGAUUGCUGCUGUCAUGAAGCGCCGGUUCCUGUUCCCAUUCUUUGACUCAGCCUAUCAGGGCUUUGCCUCUGGCUGCCUGGACAGGGACGCCUGGGCCGUGCGGUACUUUGUCUCUGAGGGCUUCGAACUCUUCUGUGCUCAGUCCUUCUCCAAGAACUUCGGGCUCUACAAUGAGCGAGUGGGGAACCUGAGUGUGGUGGGGAAGGACGCUGACAACGUGCAGCGUGUUCUUUCCCAGAUGGAGAAGAUUGUCCGUGCCAUCUGGUCCAACCCUCCCUCACAAGGAGCACGUAUUGUGGCUACCACCCUCACCUGCCCGCAGCUCUUCACUGAAUGGAAGGACAACGUGAAGACUAUGGCUGAUCGGGUCUUGCUAAUGCGGUCGGAGCUCAGGGCCCGGCUCCAGGCUCUUGGGACCCCAGGCACCUGGAAUCACAUCACUGAACAGAUCGGCAUGUUCAGCUUCACAGGGCUGAACCCUAAGCAAGUGGAGUACAUGAUCAAGGAGAAGCACAUCUACCUGAUGGCCAGUGGACGCAUCAACAUGUGCGGCCUGACCACCAAGAACCUGGACUAUGUGGCCAGCUCCAUCCACGAAGCUGUCACCAAGUUCCAGUGAGGAACACAAACCACUGAACUCUCCUCUGAACCCACCAAAGCAGUAGUGUGUAGUCUCUGUUCCCUGCUCAUAACUCCCCUCUGUCACACCCCUAAGGAUGGGGAACAGCGGCUGUAUCAGGGAUAUCAGUCUGCCUGCAUCUCUGAAAGCCCCCUCAUAAUACAGGCCAGUGCCUUCCCGGGGCUGGUGGCCAAGUAAGCCAUCUCAUCUCUCAUUUGGCUGGCAGCAGCCAUAUGCACUGGGACCCAGACAUCUCAAAGCUGCCUAUUUCUGUGCAACCAAAUAGAUCCAGUAUAAUCAAAAGAGUUUGGCCCAUUCAACUCCUGUACAGGUGCAGUGCAUUGUGGGAUAGGUGCCCAAAUUCUUGGGCCCCCUUGUACUGUCUGGGUUGGAGGCACUGUAAAAUUUCAGGAAGUGAGGCUAUUGUUGGCUUUCGCCUCACACGAGCAAAGAGUGUGAUUGUUUUUGUGUUGCUGCUUCUUUGUGUUGCUGAAAGAAAAUAAAGCUCCAUCUCCAAAGGA